AAAAAUUUGGAAUAAAUUAUUAAAGAUUUAUUUAGGGUUUUUAAAUGGGGAAAUUGUAAAUAAUACUAUUAUAAAUAGCUUGAAACCAGGUCGUCUAGUAGUUAUGCUUGCUGGCAGAUAUGCAGGAAAAAAAGCUAUUUUAAUUAAAGCAAAUGAAGAAUCAACUAAAGUAAAUCUAAAAUUGAUUUCUUUUAGGAUGCUAAAUUCCCAAAUGGUUUAGUCGUAGGUAUCUAAAGAUAUCCAAGAAAAGUUACAAAAAGAAUGGGUUAAAAAUAAAUCAGAAAGCGAACUACAUUGAAAGUUUUCAUUAAAUAAUUAAAUCUUAAUCACAUUAUGCCAACAAGGUAAUUAAAAAUCGAUUCUUUUUAGAUACAGAUUAGAAGAAUCAACUUUAAAGGAAGUUAGAGAUAGAAUUGAAAGAGUUAAAGAGGCAGAAUUGAAGAAUGUUGAAAAAAGAAAGGAAUUAAGAAAAAAUUUGAGAAAAUAUUUAGCUGAAAAAUAUAGAACAUUACCAGCUGGAAGUUUGGCUGAUAAGAAAGCUUAAUCAAGAUUCCUUUUCUCAAAAUUGAGAUUCUGAUCUAUAUUAAACAAGUAUAAUG